CAUUGACAGGAUGUUGAACAUUUCUGUGUGCAGUGGAAUCGAAAGACCGGUUGAAAGCCGUGUUUGACGAAUUGGACGAUAAUAUGCUUUUCUACCAUUUCGAUGUGUGUUAAUGUCUUAUAGCAGUGUCACUUCUCUUGAAUGGGAUAGCUAAGAACGAUGAAACACGUUGGUCGCUAAAGAAAGAGAGAUAGCAGCAAAACAAGGAUUUGAACGACAGAAAAUUCUUUUCGAGAAAAGAAACAGAAUGAACGAGAAAAGAAUCAUCGUGUUAGUAAUACUGGCGUGUGCCGUCCUAGCCUGUGAGAUGGUCAUUUACAUCUGGUACAUCAGUUCUUUGUACAGUCUGCAGUUUCUUCCUGUAAACAUAUCUGUGAGUCAGAUAAUGUCGGCCGUCAGUGACACUGAGGAAACACAACUAAACAAAAGUACACGACUAAAUGUCACUAACCUCUACCCUGGCGAGGUGAUGGUGAGCACCAGCAUUAAAGACAAUCACAAGAUCAUCAGUUCAAGAAGCUCUCAUGGUUCUUUUCCAAACAUUACAAGUGAACAAAGUACUAACAGCCCAGUGCAGAAGUUGGAAAAGAACUUCAGCCUAACACUUCCCAUGCUUCGGUCUUAUAUUACACAUCACAUGUGGCCCGUGUAUAACUGGACAGGUACAGACGUCAAAUCGCUGCCAAACAAAACCAUCAUGUUUCACAACAUUCCGAGUUGGCUUCAGGCUAACGGCAACGAAUACUUCAAGAACUGUGAAGUAAGCGCUUGUUCACUGACAUCAGAUACCAAGUGGCGUCAGAGUGCGGACGCCAUAUUCUACCAUGUGUCGCGUCUGAACGAAGAUGGACCACCGGAAGGUCGGCCACCAGGCCAGAUCUGGAUCGCCUACGGUUUUGAAUCACCAGUUCAUAGUAACUCUCAGUAUAGGAGCCCGGGAUGGAAGAACGUCUUCAACUGGACCAUCACGUACAGACAGGACUCUGACCUGUUCUCACCAUAUGCUACUUUGACGCGCCGAAAUGGUCCUUCUACGAAAAACUUCACGCAGGUGGCACUAGAGAAGACCAAAAGCGUCGCAUGGUUCGUCAGCAACUGUCACACACCCAGCAAAAGGGAAGUGUAUGUCAAGCGAAUGCAGAAGGUCAUUUCUGUCGAUAUUUUCGGUGAGUGUGGGUCCCAACAAUGCGGGAACACGUGCAAUGACCUGCUAAACAAAACUUACAGAUUCUAUCUUCCUUCGAGAACUCUUUAUGCCGUGAUUAUGUCACAGAAAAACUUUUUAAAAUAUACGCAGACAUCAACGUGGUGCCGGUUGUUCGCGGAGGAGCAGACUAUAAAAAAAGUUUUCCACCUGGAACUUUCAUAGAUGCCAGCGAUUUCAAGGGACCUGAGGAUCUUGCCGCCUACUUGAAGAACCUGGAAAAAGACAUCGAAACCUAUUCCACUUUUCUCAGAAAAAAAGAUCAGUACAGAAGUAAAUGGAUGGGUAUUUGGUGCAAACUGUG